GCUUUCGUCGUUAGUACUUUCCACGCCAACUCUUAAAACCUCUAUUGCUCUCUCUCUCUCUCUCUCUCAAACAUUAUUAUCAUUGAUUGUGUGCUCAGUUGCUACAUCUCAAAAGAAAAAAAAAAAAGAAAUUCAAGUUUUUCUAGGGUUCUAUUUUUGAAAAUAAUCAAUCAUCAGAUGGCUGCUUCUAUAGGAUCGUCGUCUUUCUGGUGCUACAGAUGCAACCGCUUUAUCAGAGUUAGGGUUCCAUCAAUUCAAGAUUCAAUCUCUUGUCCCGAUUGCGGCGGGGGAUUUAUAGAAGAAAUCGGGACUCCUUCUCACUCCCCUCUUCACCACCACCACCGUCGAUUCCCUAAUAAUUCGGAUCAUAGACUCCGGCGCAGCGCCGAUCGCUCUCCUUUCAACCCCGUCAUCGUCCUCCGUGGACCUCCAGCCGCAAAUUCCAGCAACUUCGAGCUUUACUAUGACGACGGCGCUGGCUCCGGCCUCCGUCCUUUGCCGUCGAGUAUUUCGGAGUUCUUGAUGGGGUCAGGGUUUGACCGGCUUCUUGAUCAGUUGACUCAAUUGGAAAUCAACGGCGUAGGUGGAUUGGAGCAGUCGCCUGCUUCAAAAACGGCGAUUGAAUCUAUGCCUGUGAUUAAUAUAAUUUCGGAUCACGUCUCUAUGGAAUCUCAUUGUGCAGUUUGUAAAGAAGCAUUUGAGAUUAACACAGAGGCGCGGGAGAUGCCAUGUAAGCAUAUUUAUCACUCUGAUUGUAUCCUUCCUUGGUUAUCGUUGCGUAAUUCUUGUCCAGUUUGUCGACACGAGUUGCCCACAGACGUGCGAAAUGGCAGUGGAAGUGGGAUGACUUCGCCGGAAGCAAGUGAGGGGUUAACCAUAUGGAGACUGCCAGGUGGAGGUUUUGCUGUUGGGAGGUUUAGUGGAGGAAGGAGAGCGGCGGAGAGGGAGCUUCCUGUAGUGUUUACGGAGGUAGAUGGCGGGUUUAAUAAUAGUAACAGUAAUAAUAAUAAUAAUGCUGGUGGGGCGCCCAGGAGGAUUUCAUGGGCGCCCAGUGGGAGAAGAUCAAGAGAGGGUACUGGUGGGUUUGGUCGUGCUUUUCGCAGUUUCUUUUCCUUCUUUGGAAGGAUUGGAAGGAGGGUUAGUGAUGAAUCCGGUUUCAAUCGGACGAGAAGUAGAGCGAAUUCUAUUGUGGACAGGUCUUCAAGAAGGGAUACUUCUCUUUGGGUCAUGCAUGAUAACAGAUGGUGAAUAUAUGUAUUGUCUUUAGGGUUGUUUAUCUAAUUACUGAUAUCACCCAGUCUUCCUUAUAAGAAAAGGGAUAUAUGUACAUUGUACUGCCAUUCAGUUUACUGUAAAUAUCAACGGUCAAGGAAGAUAUGGAGAUUUGCCUAGUUCAAAUUGUAUCAAGGAGAGAAAUUUUGUAUUGCUAGGAGAUUAGUUUUUUCAUUCAUAAUGAAGAUGGAGAAUAAGAAGAUGACGGUGAAAGAAAGCUGUGUGGUUAGUGAGCCUUUUCUAGAAGUUACUGAGGUACAAUUCCUUGUGUGUGAUUGUACCUCUUAUAAUUUUAGGCCUUUUAAGUGUUUCACUUACUGUUUUUGCUAAAAUUUCUAUUGCAUAUCACCUUAUUUAUUUGUAAUUCGUUGGCUGUAGUUUUGGUAUGUUUAUAUGUACUUCUUUAUGGAAAAUAUUGAGUUGCUGUUGGGUACUAGUCUCUCUGCCUUAUGGGCAUUUACUCAACUUGAUGUUCUCUGCUUAUGUACCUCCAAGUUCCUUGUACCAUGGAUUGGUUCUGAGAAUUGUAGUUUAUAUCCAAUAAUUCAUUACAUUACUGAAA